GUCUGGUGGAGGCAGCAAGGGAACACGCUUUAACAGACUUCUCUCAGUGAAAUGCUCUUUUACACCUUCAUGCCACAUGCCCAUCAGUCACAAAAAUCAGAGGAAACUGUUUCAAUGGAUCCUCAAAUUAAUUUUAAAAGCCUCAACGCAGAUGAGCAGCAGUUGGAGAACUGCAAUCAAACUGAAUGGAUUGGCAUGGGGAGAAGCGGCACUCUCAACCUGGCUAAGCGGCAGCUUUGGAACUGGUUUUAUCUUGUAGUGGUUUCUAUGUGCCUGUUACUCCGACCAGUGUGCUGCCAAGCAUGUCGGAUUCAGCGCUGUAAUGCGGAGUACGUGGCCUCAUUCUCACCCUCCGGUGGCUUGCAAGAGGAGGUGCAUCCAGAUGUGGACUACUGCAUCGCUCUGAGGGCCUACUCCUUGUGUACGCGGCGUACAGCUCGUGCUUGUAGAGGGGACUUGGUGUACCAUUCUGCUGUUUUCCGCAUUAAAGAGCUCUUUGCACAGCACAACUGCUCCAGCGACGGCCCAACAUCGUCGGCCAAAGCACCCAGCACUUCCAAGCCAACAGUGGUGGACGUUUGCAACUAUGAAAGCAGGGUGCUCGCAUCAGGCCCGGCGGCCCAACAGAAAAAGUAUGGACAUUGUGGAUUAUUCGGUGAUCCUCACUUGCGGACUUUUCGGGAUGAGUUUCAGACAUGUAGGGUUGAGGGAGCCUGGCCGCUCAUCCACAACAGAUACCUUUCAGUUCAAGUCACAAACGUACCAGUGGUUGAAGGCUCCAGUGCUACUGCAACCAACAAGAUAACCGUCAUCUUCAAGUCCUACCAUGACUGCACCGAGCAGAAGGUGUACCAGGCCACCACAGAGGACCUGCCGUCAGCGUUCCAGGACGGCACGCGGAGCGGGGGGAAAGGGGAGAGCUUGUGGAUUGUGGAGGGUAGUGGAGGUUUGGGCAUACGGCAAGUUAAGAUCCACGCUCGCUAUCUGGGCACCUCCAUCAUCGUGAGGCAAGUCGGGCGGUACCUGACGUUUGCCAUCCGCAUGCCUGAGGACUUAGCAGAGGAGAACGGCGGCCUGCAGUUGUGCCUUCACGGCUGCCCGCGCAGUGAGGUCAUCAAAGCCCAUGUGCUCAACCGGCAGCAGAGUUUGCGUCCACCCCGACUCAUGGGGGGCUGGUACGGAGAGGACGAUGGCGGAGAGGUGAAAUCAGGCCUCUCUUCGCACAUAGACAUGCUAGAACGUGCCACCACAAAGUGUCGAGAGAUGCUCCAGGUGGAGGACGUUUAUUUCCAAUCGUGCGUCUUUGAUCUUCUCACGACAGGUGAUCCGGAGUUCUCCAUGGCAGCGUAUGGCGCCCUGGAAGACCUUAAGGCACUUCCACCAAGCACUCUUAAACAAAGUUCACCCAGGACUCCACCUGUUUCUAAUAGGGGAACAAUAGUUACACCUUCGGUUUUCACAGCUCUGGUUCUUCUGCUGUUGUUGAACUGAAGGAGAUGGUCUAGACACCAGCUUGACGAUGGCAACAGGAAAAACAAUCAAACUGGCUUUGAACUGUCAAGGGAUGGAUCCGAACGGACUCGCUUUCUGUUAAACACGCAAUGUUUUACGCCACAAAAUGGAUAAUGGCACUUCAAGCUUUUCUGAAUGUGAAAUCUGCAUGAGAUGAAGGCAGCUAACCUGCAUAUCUUUUUAAAUGAUCGCAUAUAAAGAGUGGAGACUGUUGACGCAGAUGUGACACCAUUGGAUGAAAUCAUUGUAAAAGACACGUAGCAUGUCCUGUGAUGCACAUCUUACAGAAUCACCCACAUACAAAUAUAUAUGUCAUCUACAUGGGAUCCAACAACUACAUAAAAAGCUACCUAUGCAUAUAUUUUUGGUUCUGGUUCCAUACAUCUAAAGCUACAGUCACGGUAGAAAACAACCUCUUCAAGCUGCUUAUCGACAGAAAACAAAACAAAUUCUUUAUAUAAUAAUAUAUUGAGAGAGUGUAUAUAUGUGUUUUAUAUGUGUACAUUCACCUGUGUAUAGAUGAUGAUGUUUUAAAUGUGACAUUUUGAAGCCGUUUCAUCUAGUUAGAUAUUUUUGUAGUUUGUAUAAAACAUAACUAAUAUGUGCUGUAUGGUGUAAUCUGUUAUUUCCCAUAUUAAAAAUGAGUUGUUACUA